UAAUUUUGCAGAGUAGGACCAACGUGGGACACCAGCACUUCCGCCUCGAGAUCCGCUAGCCGCCCAGGCUUCAGCUACUACCAUAUUAUCCCGUCUUGCUCAUUCAUACUUGAGAUAUUCAAGGCUGUUUCUUUUCAGUUCAUUGCCGGAUUGUGUCAUAGGGUGGUGAACCAUGACGCUUUUUCACUUUGGAAAUUGUUUUGCUUUGGCAUAUUUCCCUUAUUUCAUCACGUACAAAUGCAGUGGGUUGUCUGAAUACAAUGCUUUUUGGAGAUGUGUCCAAGCAGGGGCAACUUACCUUUUUGUGCAGCUUUGCAAAAUGCUGUUCCUGGCAACGUUUUUCCCUACGUGGGAAGGAGGGGCUGGUGUCUAUGACUUUGUUGGGGAAUUCAUGAAGGCCACUGUUGACCUGGCAGACCUGCUGGGCCUCCACCUCGUCAUGUCAAGGAAUGCUGGGAAGGGGGAGUACAAGAUCAUGGUGGCAGCCAUGGGCUGGGCUACUGCUGAGUUAGUCAUGUCAAGGUGUAUUCCAUUAUGGGUGGGGGCACGUGGAAUUGAGUUUGACUGGAAAUACAUCCAAAUGAGCUUUGACUCGAACAUAAGUUUGGUGCACUACAUCGCCAUGGCAGCAGUUGUGUGGAUGUUUACGCGGUACGAUUUGCCAAAGAGCUUUCGUCUGCCUGUGACUGUGCUGCUGGGACUCUGUGUGUACAAGGCCUUCCUUAUGGAAUUGUUUGUCCACGUGUUUCUGCUGGGCAGCUGGACGGCUCUGCUGGUGAAAGCGGUGCUCACUGGUGCCAUCUCCCUCUGCUCCCUCUUCCUCUUCAUCACUCUGGUUCACAGCAACUGAGGCAGUGGGAGUGUGUGCGACGCCUGGCACGCUGAACUUAUCAGGAGCCACUGCAGCUGUGCGUUACUGAGACUGUAUUGGUAGUCUCGGGUGGGGGAUGUGCGAGAAUAUUUAAUAACUAAACCCAUUUAACAGCGAUGUCUCCCUGUGGCUUGAUGCUGUAGUCAUUAUUCUGAUGUGCAGAUGUCAAUUUGUUUUGAGAAGACAAUGAAUAAGUUGUUGGCUGUGAUAAUUUUGCAUUCACUUACGGAAAUCGGACCAAGUUUAUGAUGGAAAAAAUGCUGUAUUACUAAUGUCAUAAUAUUUUGGAUAAAUUCUUAAUGAGGAAAAGA